AUGCCGUCUCUCCAAACCCUCACCUAUUACGCCAGCUCGCUCCUCGCCCAACUCCCCCUCCUCUCUACCAAACCCCCCCAACCACCAGCUUCUUCCAUCGACAGCCCUCGACCCUUAACCUCCUACUCACCACCGCCAUCCUUCUUCCCCCCGCCCUCUUCGAGCUUCAUACACCACUGCCCCAUCGACUCCCCAACCUCCUGCCACAACAGCACCGCCUAUCCGGACACCUGCUGCUUCGUCUACCCCGGCGGCCAGAUCCUGCUAACCCAGUUCUGGGAUACGGGGCCCAGCAUCGGGCCAGCCGAUAGCUGGACUCUGCAUGGACUGUGGCCGGAUCUGUGCGAUGGAUCAUACCCUACAUUCUGCACCGAGGCGCCAAUGUACCACAACAUCUCCGCGAUCCUCGCUGCCGCGGACGAGCGGCAGCAGCGGCGGCCAACGGAGCGCCGCCGCGUGGGGGAAGAAGCCGAAGGCGGCCUGCUGGAUUACAUGAAGGAGUACUGGCUCCCGAACCGGGGCAGCGCGGACCACUUCUGGGAGCAUGAGUGGAACAAACACGGGACCUGCGUGAAUACGCUCUCGCCGUCGUGCUUCUCCCCCUCCUCUUCCUCCUCGUCCUCGUCCUCCAGCGUCGAGGAGACCGGAACCGAGACGUAUACCCCCGGCGACGAAGUGCACGCCUAUUUCUCGCGCGCCGUCGCCCUUUUCCGCACGCUGGACACUUACACUGCGCUCGCGGCCCACGGCAUCGUGCCGAGCUGGACGGCGCGAUACCGGCGCGCGGACAUCCUCGACGCGCUGAGGACGGUAACGGGCCAGGAGGUGGUGAUUGGUUGUCGCGGUCGGGUGCUGAAUCAGGCGUGGUAUAGCUUUAAUGUGAAGGGUAGUUUGCAGGAGGGCGAGUUCGUGCCGAGUGCGCCGGUCGGGAAAGCGGGGAGGGGAGGCUGUCCCGAGUGGGGGGUUAGGUACCUACCGAAAUAG